GUGUGCACUUCUUACGAUUUUAUUGUCAGAAAAAUAACGAAGUGGCUACGAGGGUAAUCUCUCACGCUUCAUGAAUAAUCUGUGGUAGCAAUGUUUUCUGAAAAUCGACUAUGGCCCAAAGGGAUGAGAACCGAGAAUCGGUUUACGAACACACUGAUUCUUCUGGUACUGAGCCUACUUCAAGCAGAGAAAUUGUUUCAGUAAAUCGUAAAAAAAACAUAUUUUCCGUGCGCCUUUGGAUAGCAUGGGCAGCUCAAUCUUUUCUCUGUGCUCUCAUCGUUUUCCUGUCUAUUUGGUUGAUCAUUUGGCUCUUCGCUUACUUCAAAAGUUUAGCACCCCAUGAAAAAGUAGAACUCAACGAUGCCUAUUGUGGAAUUUUGCCUAAUGAAAAUGUUGUGGAAGCGCGUAUUGCAAAUGGAAUGGUAGCAGGAAACGCUUUUCCGUGGACGGUGAUUGUCGCGUCAAAAACCCCUGAAAAUACACGACGGCACGGUACGGGGGCUCUCGUCACGCCUUUUCACGUCCUCACCGCGGCGCAUCUCGUUCCUAAUCCAAGCGAAGCGCGCGAUCUGUCCGUUCUCUACGGAUCCGAUGUCGUUCGGCGAAUGAAGAGCGUUCGAGCAAUUGGUGUUCGGUAUGCCACCGAUGCAUUUAGACUGACAGACCUCAGUAACGAUGUUGUACUGCUUCUUCUUGAGAACAGCGUGAAAAGUGUACCCACAUUAUGUGUUCCGCCCGCGAGGACCUUGUAUGGAUCGAAUAAAAAAGGCUUCAAUGCGUCUCUACCAAACGGAUGUGGACUUGUGGACGCUAUCGAACCUGUACAGACUCUUGUGGUCGAUGGAGAAUUUGCGGAAAACAAGUUCCCAUGGACAGUUCUCGUCUACACGAAAAUUGGCCGCAACUUGAUAAGCUACGGUACGGGGGCGCUUAUCACGCCGUUACACGUCCUUACCGCAGCGCAUCUUCUUUUGACGCCGGGAUCAGAUGUGGUUGUACUUUAUGGAUCAAACCUUAUUCGCCUAAUGAAGCCUGUCUCUGUAACUGGUAUUCGGCGAAUUUCGAGUCACUUCAAGGAAAUAGAAGACAUCAUGCUGCUACUCCUUGAAACGGAGCUAAAUAAUAUCUCCAGACUAUGCGUACCAUCAUGGAAAACGACCGGAAAUGAUUCUUUAAUUAUUAACCUAGGCCGAGAUUUUCCAAAGCCGGGCGACAACAUAACUAUUGCGGGCUUUGGUGCACUUUCUGAAAGUAUUCCUGGCGAAGGGGGCGAACUGCCUAAGGAGCUGAUGUAUACCACCGAAACGGUGCUGCCAAACGCAUAUUGCGAAGCUGAUACAGAGGGCUUUGACAGUCAGACGGCAUUCUGUGCUAAAAGCGUCGCGACAGGUAUUUGUCGGGGCGAUUCGGGCGCUUCCGCGAUGUUGUUAGUUCAGCAACGCUUGGUGGCGGUCGGCAUAGCGGCAAGUAGUCGUUUUUGUGGUUAUAGUCCUGACAGAUAUAUCCGGGUAGCCGUUUACCUUGAAUGGUUACACACGUCAAUCAACGAUUCUCCGAAAGAUUUUUCCACACCUGAAUAAAGCGCAAUCAAACCGGCUUUCCUAUCCAGUAUACGCAGGUUCUCAAUAAAUAUUCGUUAUUUAAUCAACUGUUGUGUAGGAUCCCAGCUUGUAUGUUCGCAUUAGACUAACUCAUCAGCUAUAACAAUAAUUUAGUUUUGUUACGCCGAACAGAGCUCAGUCUCUAUGUACAGUACCACUAUAUGGGAUUAGCAGUGAUGAAUGACGAAUUAAGCUCACUGAGGAUGCAGUUCUUCGAUUUUUUAUAUGCAAAGAUCUUUCAUUUUUUUCGAAAUUAUCUCUACGUCAAUGUGUAACAAAGACAACAUCGAAAGCCUACGAAAAUGAUAUAGAAAUAUGUAUCAGUCGAGCACUUCACUUUGCUUCAGUGGCUAUGUAUGAGAACGACCUUAAGUGCUUUGUAAUUAAUCUAGAUACGGCUUAUUUACAUGGUUCUGAGAUAAGUUUACUGGGAAAUUAUAGGAUUAUUUGCGGCAGCAACCGCUUACUAUCCAUUUGAAGCAAUUCGAAGGCGCAAAGGUUUAUGACUAGAUAUGCCUAACAAGCUUCUCGAAAUUUAAUGCCACUUCUAAAGAAAUUGAGGCAAGAAAGGAACGUUUGAUACCGAUUCCUGCAUUGGACAAAAUUCCUACAUUUAAAAAUAUAGCAGGUGCAAUCGAAGUCACAUCAUUAAGAAGUCAUCUCCCGUAACUGAUCAAACGAGCUGUAGUUCAAAUUGAACUUGGGCGAGCUCCUACUAUUCCGCAGAAAAAGCGCAUAAGUUUUAUUAAACACUCAGAUGCGUGUAAAAGGCGGCCAUUUUUUCCGACAUUACUAGGCUUAUUCCGAACAACAGUAGAUAAUAGCAAACUGUUUGCUAAUUAUCUAUCAGAUUAUACGAACGAAUCUGAUCAAAAUACA